AUGAGUAGUUACCGAGACCGAGUCAACGAAUUCUUCAACUGGACUAACACUCAACAGGCUCACCUCCACCCUCAACUCAGACUCAGGACGACCACCACCACCACCAUUACCACGAACAAACAACAGGACUACUCCAUAGAACUAUGCCCAUCCGAACAACAACUGGAUAUCAUCCCUAAGGACACAACUGUUGCCUCGAUCCCUAAACGCGCAUGUUUCUCACAUCGGACAUCCUCUCUGACCAACCUAGACUUGAGCUUAUUAUCAUCACUGCCCAUCGAUCAACAACCCGUCAUCCGACUGACCAUCCAUCUGAUCCACGAGCUCUCGCUGGGAACCCACUCACCAUGGCAUCCCUACCUCGAUCUCCUCAGCCAUCCCGAGCACCAUCAGCCGCGAUUGAUCCACUUACAAGUUGACGAGCAACCGGAGAUCCAACGCUGGGUUCGUGGCACCGAGAUCGAGCGACUGCUGAAGGCCGGCCGGAUCAUCUCGCUCGCCCGGCUGCACGAGAUCCACGAGAAUCUCGCCAAGACAUCCGUCUGGGAGACCUUCCUGAUGGCCUUCACCAUUGUCUCCAGUCGGGCCUUCCAGAUCGAUCAUUACCACCAUCUCGCCCUCGUCCCUAUCGCCGAUCUGUUCGAUCACUCCGACCAACCUGACGUCGAGAUGGUCUCCGAACCGUUCGUCUGUGAUCAAUGCGGCGCAGUCGAUGAAUGUAUACACGAUUCUAAAAAUCUUAUCCAGCCGAUCGAAACUACCCCUUCGAUCAAUCAGGAUACCAUCGAUAUGGUCACCAUCCAUCCCCUCGUCCCUCCAACUCUCGAUCAACUACAGGUAUCAAAUCCGUCUUCUGAACAUGAAGAAGAACCCCUCCCAACGGUGUAUAAUACCUAUGGGAAACUGCCGAAUGCCAGGUUGUUGGCCGAAUACGGGUUCAUGAUCGAUGGCAAUACGCACGACAAACUGCACUUCGAUCUGGAUGAGGUGAAGAUCGGCGGGGCGGAGACCGAAGGCAAAGCAAUUGGCGCCGUGUUAGGCAGAUUGAUGGGCAUCGGUGUGUUGGAUAACAGGGUGUACGAUGAGUUGGUCUGCGAGUUGUCGGAGGAUACAAGUCUGAGCGAUCUAUCGAUGGAUUCGAAUGCUAGACUGUCACCUCAUCUCUGGCUGACUAUCGUCUUCGAAUCCUAUCAUCCCACCCCCAAAUGUCCCAUCCUCUCGGCUGAGAUCGUCACCCGCCUCCUCGCCCUCCAAUCCUCCAUCUCCUUCCACCUCCAUCACUCUGCCUCCCUCCCCCCAAUGGACUCCUCUGAAACUGAUCUCUGGGCACAUCUCGUCAGGAUCGCUUCUCUCGUUCAGAAAGUCUGUGCGAAGCGACUCGGACGUUACUUUCUUUCUGAGAAAUCAAUCGACGAACUCUUGACUCUUAAAGAAAGCUUAUUGAUCGACUAUGAAGAUCCGGAAAACAUUGAAGAAGAAAAACACGAUCCAUUGCCUUCAACACAACAAGUCACUAGUCCAGGAAGGUCGAUUCCAAAAGAGACCAAAGAGAAAGCAGAGACAAAGCAGGAGGCAAGAGGAGGCGGAAGAAUACAAGUCGGAGGGAGGAAAGAGAAGAGAGAGACGUUGGCAAUGGCCAUUGAAUACGUUUGUUCGGAACGGAUCUUGUUGAACACUUGUAUCUCGUUAUGGAAUGAACUCGAAGAUGCUCUUUCUCCUUUUACUUCUUCCGCUUCUUAACCUUUUAUACUGUAUCCUUUCGCAACCUUUUUUUUAAACAUUUUUUUUUUUUGGAUAUGUGUGACCAUCUAUCUCAUUUCGCUUUUUUCCUUCUCCUGGGGUCAUACUCUUACUACGUAGUAAUUAGCGGGUUUGAAACCAAGUGUCA